AUGACCAGAUCUUUGACAGACAAAUUGUUUGAGUUAGAUCCAGAGAUUGAGAGAAUCUUCAGAGCUUUGAGAAUUCAAGAGAAAAUUUCAGAGGAAUCAGAAAGUGCAUUGCUAUCUUCAGAUAAUUCCAUGGCUGAUCAUAAUAGAACUAUGAAGGAGCUUGUAACUCCUGAUGAGGCUUUUAAGUAUUCAUGCAUCCCUUAUCCAACCUUGGCAGGAGAUUUUGAGCUGAGAUCUAGGUUGAUUCAUUUACUUCCGAAAUAUCAAGGAUUAUCUGGAGAAGACCCAAAUAGACAUUUGCAUGAAUUCCAUGUGGUUUGCUCAACCAUGAAGCCACAAGGAAUUUCAGAAGAGGAUAUCAAGCUAAGGGCUUUUCCAUUUUCACUAACUGGAGUAGCAAAAGAUUGGUUGUAUUAUUUGUCACCAGGAUUUAUUACUUCUUGGAUUGGCAUGAAGAAGGCUUUCUUGGAGAAAUUAUUUUCGGCCUCGAGGACUGCAACUAUUAGGAAAAGCAUCUGUGGGAUUCAACAAGUGGUGGGAGAGACACUUUAUGAUUAUUGGGAGAGAUUCAAGAAACUAUGUUCAAGUUGUCCUCAACACCAAAUUAGUGAUCUGGUCCAAUACUUCUAUGAGGGUCUGUUACCUAUGGACAGAAGUAUGAUAGAUGUAGCGGCUCGAAGAGCUUUAGUGAACAAAACUCCAGAGCAAGCAAGGGAACUGAUUUCGAACAUGGCUGAAAAUUCACAACAAUUUGGAAGUAGAGCACUCACUACUAGAGGAGUUGGUGAAGUUCAAAUGGAUUCUAAUGAACAAAAACAGAUAAGGAACUCAUUGAUGGAAUUAACAUCAUUAGCGAAACAAUUGUCCUUGAACAAUGCUACUCAAUCUUCUAUGUGCUUCCAGCAAGGGCAAAAUUUUGGACAGCAAGCACUUCUAGCACCUUCAAGGCUGAGUUUAACUCAAGGGAACUCUAGUAAUGCUUCUAAUUCCGAUGCACAACAAGCUAGAUUAGAGGAGUUAAUGCAACAAAUCUUUCAACAGCAACAAAAUCAGCAAAGAACAGAUUCUGCACUUCAAAAUAUAGAAAGACAGAUUAGGCAAUUGGCUUCCAGCAUAAAUCAGAUUCAAGCACAAGGAUCAAGUCAAUUGACUUCACAAACAACUCCUAAUCCAAAAGGGAAUGUUAGUGCAUUAACUUUGAGAAGUGGGAGAAGAAUUUCAGAGAGUGCAAGUGAAGGAAGGGUUGCUGAUGAAGAUCCAGCAAAUCUGAAAUUCUGUCCAGCAGAUCCGCAACUAAUUUCCAGCAGAAAUGAAAUUCCGGAGGUUAGAAAUGUGCCAACUUCAAGUUCUGUUCCAAUUCACAUUGAUCCAUUGAAUUUGGAACAUUCACAAGGAGAUGGAAGCUUAAUUCCAAAAAAUUCCAGCAGCUUUUGUCCAGCUGCACAAUUUGCAACAGAAAACCCAGAUUUCAACAAAUCUGGAAUUUCAGGGUAUCAAAAGUCAGCUCAGAAAGAUACAAAGCCGAACAUCACUUUGCCUUUUCCUCAACGAAAAACUCAACUAAGGAGAGAUGUAGAAGAGGAAAGAGCCAAGGAAUUUCAAGAGCUUGUGAACUUAUUUAGCAAAGUGGAGGUAAAUGUUCCUUUACUAACAAUGAUCAAGCAAAUUCCUAAAUAUGCUAAAUUUUUGAAGGAUCUUUGUGUGCACAAGAAGAAGUUGAAGGGGAAUGAGUUAAUUAGCAUGGGUAAGAAUGUAUCUGCACUUUUUCAACCAGUUCCUCAGAAAUGUGAAGAUUCUGGAGUAUUUACAGUUCCUUGCGAGAUUGGGAGUAGUCUUGUUAAGGAUGCUAUGUUAGAUUUGGGAACUUCAAUUAAUAUGAUGCCAAAAUCAGUUUUUCAAACAUUAGGGAUUGGACCAUUACAACCUACAGGAGUAGUCAUUCAGUUAGCUGACCGUAGUCAGACUCACCCAGCUGGAGUUAUUGAAGAUGUAUUGGUGAAGGUGAGAGAACUUAUCUUUCCUGUCGAUUUUUAUAUCCUCGAUAUGGAGGGAGAUUAUAUGACCAGUAGAUCUCCACUCAUUCUAGGACGACCAUUUUUGAAGACUGCAAGGACAAAGAUUGAUGUUCAUGUGGGCACACUUUCUAUGGAGAUAGGAGACACAGUGGUCCAAUUCAGUAUUUUUGACGCUAUGAAGCAUCCUAGAGAGGAUUAUUCUAUUCUUAGUUUGGAUAUCUCAGAGGAGCUGGAUAGUAUGGAAUUCUUCUCAGAAUUUGAUUCAGAUUCAGAUUUGGCAGAAGUUGAAAAAGAUGAUGUACCGUUUACAGCUUUGGAGGAUGUUUUAGACUUGGUAAUGGAUGAUGUGUCUUGA